AUGACGCAGCAACAGAAACUAUCCGAAGUGAAAGAUGAGGAGGAAAACCAGACUGGCAAACGCCCAGUAUCAGUGCGCUAUGGCACGACUUCAGCAACCGAAUACUGCGCGGGCAGGUUUGGAAAGCAGCGGUUUGGAAACAGGGUUAGCAGUGGCACGGCACGGAUGCGCGGGAAGAAACGGGUACGGGAGCGCAUGCGAAAGUGCCGUGUGAGUGAGCGAGUGCCUGUCUGUGUGACUCCACGGGACAGCGAGCCUACGGAGUCUGAAAAGCGGGCGGAGCGCUAUGGAGGGAGUCCUCCCGACCCGGAGGCCCUCCGAGCGUUCUGCCAGCUUGAGUGGCCCACCUUUAAUGUUGGGUGGCCGACUGAGGGAACUUUCCACUUGCCAAUUUGUUUCUCGGUCCAACGAGUCACCUACGUGGUGCCUCAUCCGGACCAGCAAAUCUACAUCAAUGUCUGGACGGAUAUUGCCACGGAUAGGCCGGGCUACGUCCGGAAGUGCAGCCAAGGGCAGGCAGGGACAAACAGGAGGGGCAGAGCGGUGUGCCUAGCCCCUGGAUCGGGCGAGAAGAGAGGCCCCCAAGGAAAUAGCAGAAGGGGGAGUGCUGAGCCCCAGCCGUCAUCGGGACCUGAAGGGAACCGGCCGUAUCCAGUCCUGCCAGGCCGGCCGGAGGACCCCUUAGAUCCUGUUAACGCCCCACCGCCGUAUCCCGCCCAGGCGGCACCCGAUUCCUCCGAGCAAUCCGGGGAAAUUGUUAGUCCGCCCCACACCCGGGGAGGGACCUCUUACAGUGGUGAGGGACAGAAAGGCCGGCGCGCUCCGGACUCUAGAGAGCCGACCCUGCUACCGCUCCGAGAGGCGCCCACGGCCCCGGACGCCCCUAGGGCGCCUCCUAGGCUAAUCUAUGUCCCCUUUUCCACGAGUGAUCUAUACAAUUGGAAACACCAGAACCCCCCAUUCUCUGAGAAACCCCAGGGCUCGAUUUCCCUACUGGAAACUAUAUUCCGGACCCACCAGCCCACAUGGGAUGAUUGCCAGCAGAUAUUGCAGACCCUGUUUACGUCUGAGGAAAGGGAAAGGAUCCUGAGGGAAGCAGGGAAGGCGGUUAUGGGGGAGGGAAGGGACAGCGGGAGGAAGAAGGGAGUUGGAGGAAAUACUCCCCUCCAUCCCCCGCAUUGGGAUCCGAACACUGGAGGGGGAAGGGAGGCACUUCCGCAGUACCCCCGAGCUCUUCUGAGGGGAUUGCGGGCAGCAGCCCGCAAGCCCACAAAUUUUGGGAAGGUGAGUGAGGUAGUGCAGGGACGAGACGAGACCCCUGGCGCGUUCCUGGAAAGAUUAAUGGAGGCGUAGAGGGUAUAUACCCCAUUAGACCCAGAGGCAAGGGAGAAUAGGAGACUCGUAAACAUAGCCUUUGUCACGCAAUCAGCCACGGACAUAAGGAGGAAAUUGCAGAAGAUGAGGGAUUUGAGGGAGAGAAUAUCAAGGAAAGGAGGUGCACCCAGAGGGAACCCCGGUAGGGGGAACAGAGAGAGGAGGGGAGCCCGGCUAGAGAGGGAUCAGUGCGCCAUCUGCAAGGAGAAGGGGCACUGGAAGAGGGAAUGCCCCAAGAGGAAGGGGAUGGAGGAGCUAAGGGGGACCCCUGGGGUGCUCCUGCAGACCCUGGACUGACGGGGCCAGGGCUCCAUAAGCAUUGGCUCCCGGGAGCCCAUGGUCACCUUGACAGUCGAAGGAAGACCAGUUGAUUUCCUAGUCGACACGGGAGCCACCUUUUCUGUCCUGAAGCAGCCCCAAGGAAAACUAGAAAAGGAGACAGCCAAAAUUAUAGGGGCCACCGGGAAAUCAGAGACUUAUCCUUGGACAAGUGCGAGAAUUACGGACCUUGGAAAAGGGACAAUCACUCACUCUUUUCUGAUUAUACCGGAUUGCCCCUACCCUCUGCUAGGAAGGGACUUACUUCAAAAGUUGCAAGCCUCCAUAGUGUUCAAGACACCCGAGGAAGAGAAGGGGAACCCCAGCUUAGAAGUUACUGUUCCCCUGUCGGAAGAGUACCUGCUAGCUGUGAGUGAGGCCGAGCCUCAUUCCACUGGAGUUCCCCAGGCACUCUGGGAAAAGAUACCUGGGGUAUGGGCAGAGACCAACCCCCCAGGACUGGCAGUACAUCAGGCGCCAGUGGUAGUCCAGUUAUUGAGUACAGCCACCCCAGUGCGAAUCAGGCAGUAUCCGAUUCCCGCCAGAGCCAAGAAGGGGAUAGCUAAGCACUUGCUGCGGUCACUGGCCGCUGGAAUUCUGAAGAAGUGCCAGUCCCCCUGGAAUACUCCCCUGCUGCCUGUGCAGAAACCUGGGACAUCUGAUUUCCGCCCUGUACAAGACUUAAGGGAAGUGAAUGCCCGGGUAGAGACAAUACAUCCCACAGUGCCAAAUCCUUAUACGCUUUUGAGUGCUUUGUCUCCCACCCACAAAUACUACUCGGUCUUAGACUUAAAGGAUGCAUUCUUUUCCAUCCCACUGGCACCCCAGAGCCAGGAAAUUUUUGCCUUUGAAUGGAAUGACCCUGAGCAUGGCCUGGGAGGUCAGUACACCUGGACAAGGCUGCCCCAGGGCUUUAAAAAUUCCCCUACCAUUUUUAACGAGGCUCUCAGCCAGGAUCUACAAGAGUACAGGAGAAAACACCCCGAGGUAGUACUCCUACAGUACGUAGACGACCUUCUCGUGGCUGCGUCCCACGCCAGUGAUUGCGAACAAGCAACAGAGGACUUGUUGAGGGAGCUCGAGAGGCUGGGAUACAGGGUCUCAGCCAAGAAGGCACAAAUCGUGUCUACCAAGGUAAGCUACCUGGGGUAUGACCUGAGCGGAGGAUUAAGAACCUUAUCUGAGCUAAGGGUCCAGACUAUCCUAGGGAUACCAGAGCCAAUCACCAAACGGCAGGUGAGAGAAUUUCUAGGAGCCGUGGGAUACUGUAGGCUCUGGAUCCUGGGGUACGCCAGGCUUGCACAGCCCCUCUACGACAUGACAAAGGGGAAAGAGACUGAGUUUGCCUGGACUGAGGAGGGGCGGAAGGCGUUUCGGGCCCUGAAGGAAGCUCUUGUCUCGGCCCCGGCAUUGGCCUUGCCCGAUCCAGCCAAACCGUUCCUCCUCUAUGUGGCAGAAAAACAAGGAAUGGCCUUAGGAGUGUUGAGCCAAACCCUGGGCCCUUGGAAAAGACCGGUGGCCUACCUGUCAAAGAAAUUAGACCCGGUGGCAUCAGGAUGGCCAGCCUGCCUGAGGGCCAUAGCGGCUACCUCAGUCCUGGUGAAGGAGGCGAGUAAGCUAACCUUGGGGCAAGACAUCCAAGUAGUCGGGGAACACUAUGUCGAGCAAGUACUCCGUGCACCGCCUGGUCGUUGGUUGACCAACGCACGACUGACCCAAUAUCAGGCACAGCUCCUGAACCCCCCGGCUGUCAGAUUCCUUAAGACGACUGCCCUGAACCCGGCCACCUUGCUACCAGUCCCCGAAUUGGGAGUGACUCAUUGCUGCUCCCAUGUCCUGGAAACGGUAGCCGGAACACGGCCUGACCUGCGGGACCAGGCCUAUGAAGGUGCUGAUCUGACUUGGUUCACGGAUGGGAGCAGUUUUGUAAGUAAUGGACACAGGUAUGCUGGAGCGGCAGUGACGACGGCGGAUGAAGUAGUGUGGAAACAAGCUCUGCCCAAGGGGACAUCGGCCCAGAGAGCAGAGUUGGUCGCGCUCACCCAAGCCCUCCGGAUGGCCGAGGGAAGGACGGUCAACAUUUACACGGACAGCAGGUAUGCUUUUGCAACAGCCCAUGUGCAUGGGGCCAUCUACCGGGAGCGCGGGCUACUGAUGGCUGGAGGUAAGGAAAUCAAGAAUCGCCAGGAAAUCCUAGAACUGCUGGAUGCGCUGUGGAUGCCCAAGAAGGUAGCCAUCAUUCACUGCCGAGGGCACCAGAGAGGAAGUGACCCCGUGGCGAGGGGUAACGCCCUGGCUGACCUGGCGGCCAAAGAGGCGGCGGGAGAGGAGGCUGCAGGAGUACUCCCCAUGGUGCCUACCCCAGUGCUACCUUCCCCGCCUACCUAUAGUAAGGGAGAGGAAGUAGAAGGGAGGAGGCUAGGGGGAAAGGUAGACAAAGGAGGUUGGAUGGUGCUCCCAGAUGACAGGCUUUACCUGCCCCAGGGAGUGCUAACCCAUGUAGUCCGAGAAAUGCAUGCGAGCUCACACCUAGGGCAGGGAAAACUAGAAAAGUUAAUAUUAAAAUAUUACAGGGCUCCUAAUCUAAGGGAGGUUAUAGAGUCUGUAGUGUCCAGAUGCCAGACAUGCGCCAGGGUAAACGCGCAGAAUCAAAAAUGCCCUCAAUUUAUCAGGCAUAAGGGAAAUGCCCCUGGAGAGAUCUGGGAGGUUGACUUCACUGAAAUGUCAAAAGGGAAAUCGGGAUACAAAUACCUCUUAGUUCUAGUAGACACCUUCUCGGGCUGGGUGGAGGCCUUCCCCACAAAGGGUGAAACGGCAGCCACGGUAGGGAAAAUCUUAGUCCGAGAAAUAAUUCCCAGAUAUGGCAUUCCCGUGGCGAUUGGAUCAGAUAACGGGCCUGCCUUUGUAUCCCAAAUAUCCCAAAACCUAGCCGGGAGAUUGGGCAUAACCUGGAAAUUGCACUGUGUGUAUAGACCCCAAAGCUCAGGGCAGGUAGAGAGAAUGAAUCGGACCUUGAAGGAAACAUUAAUUAAAUUAAAGGAGGAGCUCGGGGAGAACUGGGUAGAAUUGCUCCCCUUCGCCUUAUUUAGGGCUCGAUGUACCCCGUACACAAGAGGGUGGACGCCUUAUGAAAUCAUGUACGGGCAGCCUGUGCCACUAGUGCCCAAGCUGACUAGAGAGGAGAUGGAGGCCUCUAAUCAUAACUUUCUAAAGUCCUUACAGGCACUGCAGGCCCUCAGAGAAGAAAUCCGGAGCCUAUGAAGGGAGGAAAAGGAGGCAAAUGAAAGAGGCGGUGCUAGCGAACUAAGGACACUGAACCCCGGUCAAUGGGUAUGGAUCCUGAACCACCGGCGAGGAAGCCUUGAACCCAGGUGGAUCGGGCCAUUCCAGGUACUGCUAAGCACCCCGACUGCCGUUCGGGUGGCUGAGAAACCCUACUGGAUACACCUCUCCCACGUUAAGCCAGCUCAGGACCCCAGUGAAGAAAAACCAUGGAGAGUUCGACAGGACCCAGGAAAGCCUCUCCGGCUCUCUUUUACCCGCUCUUAAUAUUGAUUGGACUAAAUUGGGAAACGAGCGGGUAUGAACUCCGGGAAUGGGUGUUAAUAAGGACGAGGGAUGGAACUGUACUUGCCAAGAACCAAACAUGGGGCGAGAGGAUAGUUUCACUCAGAAUAAAUUUAUCAGAACUCUUUGAGGAGGAGUAUGAGGACACUCGACCCUUGUGGUCGUUCGCCAACCAAUAUGAUAGUUUCAAGACGGCCUUGCAAUUUGCCCCCUUCUAUGCCUGCCCGGAACCCCCCUCAGGGCAGCGCCGCACUUGCGGAUCCCAUACGGACUUCUAUUGUAAAGCCUGGGGAUGUGAGACCCUGACGGACGGGGGGUGGAGUCCGGGAGGAGGGAAGGACCCUCACAUCGCUGUCCACCGAGAACAAAGGAGAUGGGCAGGUGGGGGCACUAUAAUUUCUCGCAGCCAGACGGUCACCUUCACCGUCUUGCACCCGCAUGACUCGGAAUGGGUUAAAGGACGUACCUGGGGAAUUAGGCUCUAUGUACCAGGAGCAGACCCAGGGGCCUUCUUUACCAUACGUAGGAUACCCCUCGCGAGCAGCCCCCUGUUAAAAGGUCUAGGAGGAGGGCUACCCCUGUCAACACGGCCUCCGCCGGUACAAAUAGUCUCUUUGGGAAAGGGGCCGACUCCUGAGAAAUCAGGGAGUGAGCUAGGAAGGAACGAGACGGCCCCUGCUAGUGCACAGGGUACCGACGGGUACCCAGACGAGCCCACUAGGGGACCCAGGUCUGAGGGACGCCCAAGAGCCCCCGGGCAAGAGGAUGACACCUUAAACCUCCUAGAUAGACUUUUUCCCUUCCUGAAUAAUACUCAGCCAAUGCUGACCGAGUCAUGCUGGUUAUGCCUCAGCCCAAGGCCUCCCUUUUUUGUGGGAAUAGGAGCAAAUACCACGGAAACUUCCUCAGAACCCAUCAAGGUGACCAAGGAUAAUUAUCCGUAUCACAUGCCAGAGUGUCACCAAGAGACCACUUUAAAAUUAGCAGAUUUUCAUGGAAACGGGACGUGCUACGUCCUAGCUAACUU